AAUUUAAAUCAUCCGGCGGAACCAAAGACGGCGGAACCGGAAGUGAAGUCAGGGGAAGAAAACAGAACGGUCCGGUUUGUUUUGUAGUUUGUGAAUGAAGAUAGACAGACAGUUAGACAGAGAGAGAGAGACAGGUGAGAGACAGGCAGGUGAAUGAAGCCCGUCUCUGUCGGUUUUGACCUGGGUCUCAGUCUGAACGGUGGGAGAUCGCGGGAGAAGUUUCCCCGCCGUACAGCCGCACAGCCUGCUGGGUAAUAUGCUAACGACAAAGCUGCGUUGAUUGGUGCUCCGCGGCGCGUGCAAGCAGAGAGUAGAGACACAGUAGAAACAGAAUAAAGACAAGCAGGUGAUUUACUGACCGAAGACAGAAAAACACGGGACGAGACGGAAGCUGCCGAAGACAUGUCUGUCUCUCUGUCAGAAGAGAGAGACAGGAUCCAGCGACAGGUGGAGGAGCUGGAAAAGAAUCUGUCUGUAACACACACUGAACUGGAGCUGCUGAGCAGUGAGACAGAUGAUGACUCAGGAAGUGAUGAUCAAGAGGAUGAGUCUGCAGCAGGUCUGUUGGCUCAGAGAGAGAAAAUCCAGAGACAGAUCCAGAACCUGGAGAAUGUCCUUGGACCACACAGUCCCAUCUGUAUAUCAGGUGACAGUGAGAGCAGCAGUGAUGAGAGUGAGUUGGGUUUGUCUCUAUCUGUGGACUCCUGUCUUCAGAUGAACCUGGUUUACCAGCAGGUCCUGCAGGAUACUCUGAACCAGCUGGAGACACUACUGACACACAACCACAGACAGCAGAUGGAGCUGGUGUCUCAGCUGUCUGGACCAAUCAAAGAGCCUCCCAGACAACAGCCCGCCUCCUCUUCCUACCAGCAGCCAAUCAACAUGUACCUGGGUCGCUUCCUGAAACCGUACUUCAAGGACAAACUGACAGGACUGGGUCCUCCGGCCAAUCAGGAGACAAAGGAGAAGGCGAGCAGGAUGACAGGAAGUCUGGACGACAAGAAGCUGAAAAUGAAACGAUGGGAGAGCUGGCAGAAAACUCUGUUGAUCCACUCGGUGUCCAGAGACAGUCUGAGGAGACUGAUCCAACCCAAACUGUCCAGGGUGGACUACCUGAGUCAGAAGCUGUCGUCAGCAGAGGAGACAGACAAGCAGCAGCUCAGGGAGCAGAUAGACAGUUUGGAGAGAGAGAUCGACCUGCUCAGAGGGAAGAAGGAGGAGGAGUUGAUUGGUGAUCGAUACGAAGAACAUGAUUGGCAGAAAAUCUCCAACAUUGACUUUGAAGGGACGAGGGAGGCGGAGGACAUCCGUUGUUUCUGGCAGAACUUUCUCCACCCAUCCAUCAAUAAGUCUCGGUGGAGUCAGGAGGAGGUGCAGCAGCUGAGGGAGGUUAGCCAGAGACACAAGGAGAGACACUGGGAGACCAUCGCUGAGGAGCUGGGGACAGGGAGGACAGCCUUCAUGUGUCUCCAGACGUUCCAGCGCUUUGUCUCGGAUUCGUUGAGACGCAGGACUUGGACUCCGGCUGAGGACGCUCUGCUCAGAGAGCUGGUCCACAGGAUGAGGAUCGGCAACUUCAUCCCCUACACACAAAUGAGUUACUUCAUGAAGGGGCGGGACCCCGCUCAGCUGAUCUACAGGUGGAACCAGGUUUUGGAUCCAAGCCUGAGGAAAGGUCCGUGGACCAAACAGGAAGACCAGCUCUUGCUGCAAGCUGUCUCCCGUCACGGGGAGAGGAGCUGGUGGAGGAUCAGGUUGGAGGUUCCUGGACGAUCAGACUCCGCCUGCAGAGACAGGUAUCAUGACUGUCUGAAGGCGGGAACAAAGCGAGGAGCGUUUGACCAACAGGAGAGAGCGCUGCUGCUAACACUGGUUCACAAACAUGGAGUCGGUCGCUGGGCAAAGAUCGCUGCUGAGAUCCCUCACCGUUACGACGCUCAGUGUCUCAGAGAGUGGAGGAAACUGAGCAGGACACUACCACCUGCUGCUCAGAACAAAGCUAGAAAACCACAAAGGAGUCGAGGAGGAGAAAAAAAUGCUUCCACUCCCAAGAGGAAGGCCAGGAGGAGAACAAAAAAAAUAAAAGAGGAGGAGAGCAGUGAGGAGGAGCAGGAGGACAUGGUGGUGGAGUACAUGGACAGUGAUGAAGACAAAAAGAAGAAAAAGAAGGAGGUAGUGGAAGAGAAGAGGACUGAGGAGGUGGAGCAGGAGGAGCAGGAGGAGCAGGAGGAGGAGAAGUACAUCAUCUCUCCCAUGACAGAGUGGAUUCCAGCAGAAAAGGCGCAAAGUUUCUCCUUCCUUAGCUUUCGUCCAGUGGAGCUACCGUCUUCUGGUGAAGGCCACAGCGGGCAUCCGGUCCGGUCGACCAUUCUGGGUAAGUCGGGCCGCUCCAUCAUCAUUGGACCAAAUCCCAGAGAGCUUCGGUGGGAGGAGCGCCACAGCUCCAGUGCCAUGAUGAUGGUGUCACCUGACCAGCUCCGAGCCCACCUGUACCGCAAGGCGCACAAGUCCAUUGACCAGAGUUCCCUCCAGACUGGCAAACAGAACCACCAGGCCCGAGUGAUGGACGCAGGGCUGGACUACGAGCUGUGGGCCGCAGUGACGCCGUGGAUCGGCAACUUGCUGAUCCCGGCAAAAAGCAGACUGACGACAGCAGACGCCCUGAGGGAGCAAGGAGAGAAAACCCAGCUCACCUCGACUUCGGUCUUCCUGCUCCUCCUGCAGACCAUGAACGUGGACACGAUGGGGUGCAAGGAGAUGAUAGAGCAGAGGAGGAACAAAGUGGUUUUACUGACGCCACCUCCAGAUCCUUCCCCUGUCCGGCCGAAGAAUCCAAAGACCAUUGCAGGCAUCCUGCAGCAGAGGAAGGUCAUGAAAGAGGAGCUGCAGGAGUUAGACUUGCAGCACAACCUGGUUCUGAAGCACAUUCAGGCCCUGAAGCAACAGCAACAAACACAGCAACUCAUAUUUGUGCAGCAACCACAGUUUCUUCCUCCUUGUCUCCCCCCAUCGAUGCCUUCUCAGAAUCAUCCCGGCGUUCUUCAGAUGCCUCCUAACAUGUUACUUCCUCAGGCUGUCUUUGUUCCUCAUCCUGUCCUCCAGCCUCACGCUGCCUCCAUCCAGUACAUAUCAUCCUCUUCUCCACCUCCACACAGACCUUCUCCUGUGGGGGGCGUCACCUCCUCAUUACACGCACCUCCUGCUCUUCACAGACUGAUUGUCCCUCCUGUCUCUGUGGUCCCGAUGCUCCAGAAUGCCACACCAACCAGCACCGCUUCAGUCUGCCCACUGCCUGCACCUGUGACUCAAACCCUCAAUGUGGUCCAGCCCCUGUCCUCUAACCAGGCACCUGUCAACCAGCAGGCUGUUCCCCUCAUGUUCACUACCCCCACCCCAGGCCCCAGCCAGGCCUGUCCCUUCCUCAAACCUCUCAGCUCCACUCUUAGUCUACCCAGAGAGAGGGGGCAGAAGGCAGCGGACGGUCAAGAGGCUGUUUGCAGCAAUCCGAGUGAGGUGGAUAUAGGUGGGGCAGGUACAGGUGUGGAGGGGGCAGGUGACAGAGUGACAGAGCAGGGACAGAGGAUUCAGAAGCCAAGUCAGAAGGCCAGCGCUCUGCAGGAAGCCACUGACUCCAAGGUGACUGAGUUUUUAGGAACUGACCAAUCUGAUCUGAUAAUCAUCCUGCUGCUGUUUUCAGAGGCUGAAGCUAAGAAGAAAGCUGCUCCAUCUCCACAAAGGAAAGCUCAGACCUCCCUGCUCCUUCCUCCUCAGCAGCUCUGCGCUCCUGCAGGAGUCUCUUCUUCCUCCUCUAGCAAAGCUGAAGCUCCUUCACCUGCACCUCCUCCAGCAGGAGAAACUACACCUCCUCUUCUUAGACAGAGUGAUCCUCCUGUCUUUGAGGACUUACCUCAGACUAGCACCACCUCCUCGCACACUGCAUCCUCCACAUCAAGUUUACCUGCUCCUUUUCACGGUGACCACGACUACACCCUUGUUAAUCCUUACUCCACCCUGACUCGACCAGGAACCACCCCCAAACAGCCAAACCCCACACACUGUAAAUCUUACUCCACCCCCAAUAGGACACCCAGAGGAAGGAAACGAGGGAGGGGGGAGGAGCAAGACCAGGUGACGAGUGGUCAGGGUGAGCAGUGUGUGGGUGGGACAGGUGACUCUGUGGGCGGGGCUGGCACAGGUGUGAUCCAGGAAGGAAAGAGAGUUCGGAAGCCGAGUCAGAAGGCCAGAGCGCUGCAGGAAACCUCUAAGGCCAAGGUUGAAGCCAAGAAGAAGAGAACUCCUUUUUCUCGGAAGACGCGCCCUCGUACCUCUCGGUCCAAAGAGGAAGUCGUCGUCCAAUCGGAGACUCCGCUCCCGGGGUUGCGUUUACUUCCCGGUCAGUCGAUGUGGGUCAUGACUCCUGGUGGUCUGGUCCAGCUGGCACAAGCCUCGUGUCAAGGCCUGCAGCUGGCAGUGGUCCCGAGCACCCCCAUCCCACCUCUACCUGAGAACACUGUAAGUCACCCACUGGCUCCUCCCCCACAGCAGCUCAUCUCUGGCAACUGGCGACUGGUUGCACCUCGGUCCCCUGCAGUAUGCGCCCCCUUAAAACUCCAUGGUCUGAAUCAGCCACACCCUCUUGCCGCCCUGCCCACCUGUCCAUCCAAGCCCCUCCCCCCAACCUUUGUCCUGCAACCUGUCCAAAACCCCGGCUCCUGUCCUCCCCAGCCUUCUCCCAGACUCUUGCCUCAUAAGAGCGUGGGCAGAGAGGACCCUGCAGAGCCCCCACCCCUCAGGAGGGAGGCGCUGCAGUUCGACCCCUCCCUGAUGUUCCUUGAGCCACAGGAGGAAGUGAGCGAGUGGCUGAGCGGGCGGGGAGGGGUGGUGGUACCCGGAGCGGGCAUCGCUCUGCCCUACCUGCCGCCCUCUGUCAGCAGUCUGAGCAUGCUCAGUGCGCUGCUCCAGGCUAAGAAGUCUCUGACCAGAUCAUCCCUGCAGCUGCUGUGUCGAGGCUCCGAACCCCGACACCCCCAAACCAGACCUGAAACCAGCACCGAGAAAACCUCCAGUCAGCCCCCACCAGACCUGCCAGACUCCACUUCUGAUCUCAGACCAGCAGGGGACCAACCAGGUAACUCUCAUCUGACAGUUCCCUCUGUCAGCUCUGACCUCCUGCAGGAGGAGGAGGAGGCAGAGCUUGUGGCAGCGGUGCGUCAGUUGGUAACAGAGCGUUUCUCAGGUAACCCCGCCUACCAGCUGCUGAAGGCCCGCUUCCUGUCCUGUUUCACUGUCCCUGCCCUCCUCGCCACCAUCCAGCCAAUCCCAGAGAAGACUGGGGCCCGCCCAGCCACUGAGGACGAGGAGGAGGAGGAGGAGGCGGCGAAAGACGAAGAUGAGGAGGAGGAGCUGGAGAAAAUCAAAGAGAGAGGCAGACAGAGGAGAGCAGAGAGAUCAGUGCUGACAUGUGAUGGGUCAGGACCUCCAGCCAAUCACUUCUCAGGAAUCAUCAACACCAACACACCCACCCCUGACCGGACUGGACCAGACCGGUAGAGACUGGAUCACCACUGUCCGAUAAAAAUCUGAGAGAAAGUCUUUAAAAUGUGUUGGAAUUUAAGAUCUGAUGGUGUCAGAGAGUGGACAGGUGACAGAGUUCAUAAAAAAGUAAAACCAUUAAAUACACCAUGUUACCUAAAAAAAUCUGAGGCUGGAAAUCUAUAAAAUGAUUGAUUAUUGUAAAAUGGUCAGCAGUGGAGAUGUGGUGCGUUCAGGAACCUCAGAGAAAUAAUGAAGUUGCACUAAAAUAUGUUUAUUGUUAUUUUGUUUAUUUUUAUUUUCAUUCAGUUUCUGUAAAGAUUCAACUGUUCUGAGGUGAUUAUUUUGUAAUAAACAGAGUUUGUGUGAAAUGAA